GGAUCCCCAGCACAGGAAGGACAUCAACCUGUUGGAGAGAGUCCAGAGGAGGGAUACCAAGUUCAUCAGAGGGAUGCAGCAGCUCUGCCAUGAGGAAAGGCUGAGAGGAUUAGAAUUGUUCUGCCUGGAGAAGAGAAGGCUUCAGGGUAACCUGACUGCUCCUUCCAGUACCUGAAGGGAGCCUGCAAGGAAGCUGGAGAGGGGCUUUCAGCAAGGGCCUGGAGCGACAGGAUAACAGGGAAUGGCUUCCCACUGCCAGAGGGCAGGGUUAGAUGGGAUAUUGGGAAGAAAUCAUUCCCUGUGAGGGUGCUGAGGCACUGGCAUAUGUUGCCCAGAGAAGCUGUGGAAGUGUUCAAGGUCAGGUUGACAGCACAAUUACACAUAGGGAGAAAACAGCACACGACUCCCACAGCUGUUUUACCAACCAGUGAGGCGUCAAGAGAUUUCCAGAGCUUUCCAGAGCUUCUGUUAAUGGCUCCUUUUGGCCAGUUUAUGGCACCUCUUGGGGAUGUCACAGGGCACAGCACAUGGCCCUGGCACCACGAGGGGCAGAGGGGAAAGCAGUGCCCUGGAGCUGGCAGGAGGAACUCGGCACUGUUACCUGCGCUGGGCGGUUCUGAGCUUGCCACUCCUCUGGGCGAGGGUGAAGGGCAGCUCCCUCACCUCCUCCAGAUAUCUGCCCGCUGCCAGGCAGAGGCAGCUCCCUCCCAAGGCAGGUGUGAGUGCCACACGGAAGUCACGGCACCACUCGGCUCACAUGAGACCUCUGAGACCUCGGGCAAAGGAGCUGGGGGAGGAAACCACAGCGUGAGAGAGCCCAGGAGCCUCCAGCCCGUCCUGCCCACCAACCCCCUCUUCAGGGAUCUGCCCCGAGGGGCUCUGGGAGAGAGGGGCACCGAGGAAGGCUCUCCGCUUCACCAUGCAGGAUGAAAUUCUGCUGACUCCCCGCAGGGAAUCUCCUGUUGAGGACACGGACUCCUUGGCCUCCCCGAAUGAAGAGAAGUGGGAUUUUGUCCUGGUGAGUGACAUUCACGAAAUGGGCAGUGAGAAGGAGAUCAAGAGGAAGAAGUUCCUGGAUGAGCUGAGCAAGAAGGGCUUCACCAUCAAGAAAAUUGAGGACACAAAGCUCUUUUAUGGAGUCCGUGCCCCACAGCACAUCUUCUGGAACUACCAGCGUCUCCUGACGAAUCACGACAGCAGGCAGCAAAACUCCAGUGCCUACCAGGACGUCCCAGUGACCACCAGGAUACGGGUCGUGCACUUCAUCCUGCAGAACACUGUGACAUCCGACUUUGAGAAGCUACAUGACCUGAUGAAGAAGAAGGUGUUUGAGGCAGCCUUUCCCCUGCACAAGAAAGAAGAGAUAACAGAAAUACUAAAGAAGAAGUGGGCUCGCUGGAGAGUUCUAUUUAAGGAACAGCCAAUUGAGGAGAUCAGGUGCUAUUUUGGAGAGAAGGUGGCCUUGUACUUCGCCUGGCUGGGCUGGUACACCUACCUGCUGGUUUUCGCUGCCCUGGCUGGGGUGGCAACUGUCGCAGCUGGGGCUACUGUUUUCAGUUCCAGCCAGGUGAGCAAGGAGAUCUGUGACGCUAACGACACCAUCAUGUGCCCACUCUGCGACCAGAAUUGCUCGUUCUGGGUCCUCUCCGACACCUGCACCUAUGCCAAGGUCACUCACAUGAUUGACAAUGAGGCCACGGUUGUGUUUGCCAUGUUCAUGGCCAUCUGGGCCACUGUAUUCCUGGAGCUGUGGAAGAGGGAGAGAGCCACUGUGGUCACCAACUGGGACCUAUACGGGUGGGAUGAGGAAGAGGAGGAGCUGGCUCUGAAGCUGAUCAAUAAUUCACAGCAGGAACUCCAGCUGUACGAGCACUCCUACUUCUGCAGCACAAUUGUCCUCAUCUUGGCUGUGCUGAUGAUCAUGGUGCUGAUCGGCAUCGCCCACGCACUCGUCAUCUACCGGGCGGUGGCCAUGGCGCUGUUCACGCAGAGCGAAGUGAGCCUGCUGAGCAAGCACGCCGACAUCAUCGCCGUGAUGACAGGGGCUGUGCUGCACUACGUCACCAUCGUCAUCAUGAGCAAGGUCAACUGGCACGUGGCCCUCUUCCUCUGCAAACUGGAGAAACCACGGACCUUCUCCCAGCGGGAAAACAACUUCACCGUGAAGAUUGUCAUCUUCCAGUUCUUCACAAACUUCUCCUCGCUCAUCUACAUCGCCUUCUUCCUGGGACGGAUCAAUGGUCACCCAGGGCACUACGUGCGCAUCGCUGGCCACUGGAGGCUGGAGGAGUGCCACCCCAGUGGCUGCAUCACCGACCUCUUCAUCCAGAUGGCUGUCAUCAUGGUGCUUAAGCAGACCAUCAGCAACAUCAUGGAGUAUCUCAUCCCCUGGAUAUCCCACCAGCUACGGAAGAAGCGGAAGCCCCCCAGGAGGAGAAAUGUGAUGUUAGGAGAGGAGGAGGAGGCAGAGGACCCCUGCAAAAGGCAGUGGCUGAAAAACUAUGAACUCAACGAGGUCAAUGUCUUCAGCUUGUUCAACGAGUACUUGGAGAUAGUGAUCCAGUACGGCUUCACCACCAUCUUCGUGGCAGCCUUUCCCCUGGCCCCGCUGCUGGCCCUCAUCAACAACGUCAUCGAGAUCCACAUGGAUGCCAUCAAGAUGAUGCGGCUGCGCCGGCGCAUGGUGCCCAGGAAGGCCAAGGACAUCGGGAUCUGGCUGCAAGUCCUAGAGGCCAUCGGCACCCUGGCUGUCAUCGGGAAUGGGCUGGUGAUCGCCAUCACCUCCGACUUCAUCCCUGUGCAGGUCUACAAGUACAUGUACAGCCCUUGCGUGAGGGACAACCACACUGGCAUGGACUGCUCCACCGGGUACAUCAACAACAGCCUCUCCGUAUUCCACAUCCAGGACUUCGAGCCCCACACCAAGGUGCUGCCAGAAUUUAGAGGGGUCCAGAUCAAGGAGUGCAGGUACCGGGAUUACCGGAACUCUGACGACUACACCUACACCGUCCAGUUCUGGCACAUCUUCGCAGCCCGGCUCGCCUUCCUCAUCCUCUUCGAGCACGUGGCUCUGUGCGUGAAGCUGAUCGCAGCCUGGUACAUCCCCGAUGUCCCCCAGAAGGUCAAGAAUCAAAUUCUGAAGGACAAACACAUGAAUCUCUAUAAUGAACUGAGGGAGACGAGUCCUUCCCCUGCUACACCACGGGGUUCCUUCCCACAGGAGAGAGUUCUCCACGACCCUCUCCACCGUGGCUCCAAUAUCACAAGCAGGAGUCCUCCCAAAAGUGCUGCAAUCAUGACGGAAUACUGCACUGAGGUGUAGCCACCCCUCACCAAGGAGAAGGAGAGCAUGGACUCGAGCCCCUUUCCCAGCCUGGCAGUGCCAGGGGUGCCGGAUGAACCCCAGGACAUGGCAUCACGUGUCCCAUC